UAAAAUUAGAAAUCUAGAAUGAGGGUAUUAACGUCGUUCUAUACUCUCAAACAAUCAAUAUCCAAUAUUUUCCUUCAAUUAUUUUCCAAAUUUUGUUAGAGUUUCUCAUCGGGGACGUUGAAGCAAAUCGGGAAAAAGUAAUGAAAGAGGACAAAGUGGUAAUUGAACAUCCUGUCGACGAUCGUUCCCAAGCUAUCGUCGUUGUUGAGAAGUUCAAAGCGACCCCUUCACCAGAGCGCUCAGCCGACAGGGAUGCUGCUCUCGCUCAAGUUGCAAAUGAUAAGAAAAACUCUUUAAUCAAGGCAUGGGAAGAUAAUCAGAACUCUAAGGCUGAAAAUAAGGCUCAGAAGGAAAUGGCGUCUAUUAGUUCAUGGGAGAACUCAAAGCUGGCGUCUAUAGAAGCUGAGAUGAAAAAGUAUGAGGAAGCUUUAGAAAAGAGAAGGGCUCGAUAUGCCGAGAAAAUAAAGAAUAAAAUUGCGAUGAUUCACAAGGAAGCGGAGGAGAGAAGGGCGAUUGUAGAAGCCAAGAAAGCAGAAAAUCUAUUGAAGGUAGAGGAAGAGGCAGCAAAAUAUCGAGCAACUGGGGUGGUUCCUAAGAAGGGCCACAUUUGGUUCGGCUCCUAACGCUUUUAGCUCAACAAGGAUUUCUCUCUUUCCUUGUUGCUUGAUGCUUGUGAGCGUGCGAUGCGUCUGAAGAGAAGCUUGUGGUUAACAUGCAGUGUGUUCAUUAUGUAUGGGAACAUUUUUGCAUACAGUGUUAAAUUGUAACCUUUCAACACUGAGUACGGUCUAAUGUGUAUGUACAUAGUGAUGGUGAAUCUGAGGUAAAAAUCUGAGAAAUUUGGCCUUCGACUGCCUUCAGGUUGAAGUACAGGCCGACAUGACAGACUGUCAUGCAGUUGCAAUGUUUUCACAGAUCAUACCUCAUCGCAUAACGAUACAAUAUAGGCAAACGAGAACCGCCUGAGCCCUGAUUCAGAAUGUUGUAAGCCUGGCAGUCAUGAAAGUCCCGAAACCUUGUGGCAUCGGAGAUCCACAAGUCAAGUCAUAGACACUCAUCUACAUCCACAAGCAGAAAUUAAAACACGUAUUACAAAUGAAAGCCAAAGAAA